GUUGUAGCGCAUGUAUAAGUGGAACAACCGCAGCAAAGUCCAGUUUAGAAACGAACCUACCAUGGUUAUCAAUCUAUGAUGGUGGGACUGCAGCCACAGGUAGAUGCGGCCACACCACAUCUGGACGUGGAGCAAGCUCACCUGAGUUUUCGUCGACUACCUGAUAGUGAUUCCGACUGCUCCAUGCCCAGUUUGCGACGUGUGGUUCAGCCCACGGAUUGGGGGACCAUCCACCUGGAGCUCCUGCGUUUUGCCGCGGAAGGGCGAGGAAGAGAAGUACUGACGAAGUUGAGACUACAAGAUGAUUGCAGGAGAUGCGUGGAAGCUCGGAGCGUCCAGGUCUCCGCGUUCCGCCCUCCAAGCGAAUCGCCCGACUCCAAGUGCAGCAAGCUGUGCCUGCAGCUGGAGAACUUUAAAGCGGUGCGCCCUUCGCACAAACAAAGGUCUGAGUUGCAGGGCGUUUACGAGUGCGAGUCUGAAGACUCUUUCGACAGUUGACACAGUCAACAGUCUCUCUAUUUUCAGCUGAUUUUCGAAGUCUUUUGCAGCAAGAUUGCAAAGAUUGCAAGUCUGUCUGUGGAUUCAGGGUUGGAUCUCAUUCCCCUAUGUCAUGACUGGGAGACAGGUGAUCCCAUCCUGCAACUGUUCAAUCGUUGCAGCUUUUUGCCGUGGGCUGAAGCCAUGUAUCGUGGUGUCUUGCUCAUGGUGAGAAAGCACAGCUUUUUCCGCAAGAGCUAAACGGAUCUCGAGAUGCCGGUGCAGUUCUGUUCGCAAUGGUGCUGCGGGUAUCCCA